AUGGACGUCGGAUCUCUUUUAGCAUCGAAUUCGUGCGUGGGAAGACUUUAUUUCGGUACGUCCCCUACGUUUGCCCGCGAAAUAAGCUUAAACGGCCAGACUAACAUGACGCACGCAUCUGGAGUAACAGUGGCCGAUGUUUGUAAAACAACAUACGAAGAGAUUAAAAAAGACAAAAAGCAUCGAUAUGUAAUCUUUUACAUUAAGGACGAAAAACAAAUUGAUGUUGAAGUCAUCGGACCUCGCGACGCAGCUUAUGACGCUUUCCUUGAAGAUUUGCAGAAAGGUGGUAGUGGAGAAUGUCGCUAUGGCCUUUUUGAUUUUGAAUACACUCAUCAGUGUCAGGGUACUUCCGAGGCUUCCAAGAAACAAAAAUUAUUCUUGAUGUCGUGGUGUCCUGACACAGCUAAAGUUAAGAAGAAGAUGUUGUACUCUAGUUCUUUCGAUGCUUUGAAAAAAUCCUUAGUUGGUGUGCAAAAAUACAUACAGGCAACAGACCUUUCAGAGGCUUCUGAAGAAGCUGUUGAAGAAAAGCUCCGAGCCACUGACAGGAAUUAG